CUACAUAUUUGCCAUGUGGACGAGCCAAACCAUGGAAAUUUUGUCGGCUGGCAUGCUCAAAUCCUGAACGUCAUUUGGCGACCGUCUGAUUCUUCGCGCCUCAACGUUCCGUUACAGAUGCAAAACAGUUUCAUGCAACAACACUCGGUAAAAUUUGCUCAAUAGGCCGCCGAGGAAGGGGUAGUUGCUCUACCACAUCCGUCCCGUGGAUUAGUACUAUCUUUUGAUCUGGUGCUUUAAAAGUGACCUGCACUCGCAAAUCUCAUAACGUGCACUUUCGCGACAAGUAUAACCGUGACAGAAUGGCUUUUUUGGCGUACACCCUCCGUCAUUGAAUUGGGCGGGUCUCCACGACGUCUCAGACACAUGGAAUACUCACGACGGGAGAUGCGCCUGUCCUGUGAGAACUCGUCCGUGAACAUAACAGCCACUGUUCAUCGGACAGGAUAUACGAAUCGAACAGACAUUCCUGUGGAGCUAUGCAUUCGUGCUGUUCAUCAAGUUGUUGGUUCCAUCCACAAUUUCCUCCAUGGUCCCCUCCAUAUCAAAUUUGCAGCAGCUCCUGCAAUCUUGACUGAUGUUUCUUCUACAUCCUUUGAAGCCGCUUUCUCCCUCCACGAUAAUGAAUUCGAGAAUGAGCGAUGGGAGCAACAGACUGGACGGCUGAAUGAAACCGAUUUUGACCGGGUGUACUGCUUGUCUCCUAUACAGGCUAGUCCCCGAUACCUGACUGGCAACGCCGGUCUAUUAUUCAUUCCAAUGCAGAACCAACGUCCUGUGAAAAUAACGCCAGUUCACUACUUGUCAAGCGAAGCUCGCCAACCAGCAUUUGUCGAUGUGUCAGAUAUUGCUGACCUCCAUUCCAUGACCACUGAGGAACUCGAUCUCCUUGCUUCAAUUGCGCAGCCGUCUAUCAAGAUGUUUGAAGGAGGUCGAAGGCUUCCUGACUUUUACUUCGAUCGCAUUGAGCAGCCCAUAUUUGUUGGAGAUACCUGGCUCAACAAAGUAUUGUCUGUUGAAGGCCAGCACGAGAGAGAUCAUAAUAUGGACGGAUCGGUAUUCAAGUUGUAG